AUGGACCAAAGCCAUGUGGCCCUCGCCGAGCUGCUGUCCUUGGUUGAGGGCUCCUCGAUCUCGGAAGAAGCUGCCCGCGAGGCCUUGCAGGCAAGCGGGCAGAACGUCGAGCUUGCCAUUUGCCGCUUAUUUAGCGGAGGUCCGGAGCAACUCGGCGUCAUUGAGAUUGAUGAGAUCGACCCUCCACCAAAGCCGUUCUCUCGAGGCAAGCGUGGUCAGGCGCCGGAAGGGCAGCAGGGCCACCGCGCUGCGGCCGCACAGCAAACAGCGGCGCCAGGAUCCGAAGGAGCCGAAGGAGCGAGCAGCUCCCGGGCCCGAAACAGGCGCAGAGAGCGCAAGCGGGGCAGGUCGAAGCUCCUCGCAAGAGACCCUCCCCGGAGCUGGAGACUGCUCGGCGGAGGCGGACACCGUGACGUCGGCGCAGCUUCCACUGGAGGUCCAGGAAGAGCUCCGUCGCAUGGGAGCCGGCUGGAGCUGCAGCUCGGAGGACACCUGGACGGCUUUCUCGCCCAAAAUAUCCCUGGAGAAGUGGGCCCGGCAGGUUCUGUCACAGGACCCGCCGUGCUUGUCAUUGCAGGGCCAGAUGGACAGCAGUGCCCUGAAGGACUGCAGCAGUUCUGGGGAGAUGCACUCUGCAGCCAAGGCGUGCUCGCAUUGCAGGUGAAGCUGAGAUAUUCUGCUCCGUGUCAGGCGCAGGUGCAGGCUCACUAUGCCAGGCAGCUGGAGAAGGAUAUCAGUACUGUCAAAGGACGGCACGUGGCAGUGCAAGACUCUUUGCUCGACAGUCUCUUCGAGACCCUCCUGGCGAAGGUGAGAUACCCUCCGAGCGACUUUGCUGCUCUCAGCUUCAGCUGGCGGGCUAGGCGCCUGGGCCUGUCUGGCGCCUUCGGCACUGGUGGGCCCAGCCUUCUGCAAGUUCUGGUCGAAGUUGAAGUUUUUGUCGAGCCCGAAUCUGGGCCAGCGCUGUCGGAUCAUUUCCAACUGAUCGACGUUCGUCCUCGCUCCGACACAAACCUCCUCCACCAUCCGUCGCACACCCUCUCUGUCGGCCUCUCGGAUCUCGUUAAAGAAGACCAGCCAUAUGCACAUCUUGAGUACUGCGAAAUCCUCGUUGGCAGGUCGUUGCAAUGGAUGUUGGCGCAAGAGGCUGACUCGGAGCCCUUCGUUGUAGAGUGGGUCCGCUACUGGCCCACUUUCGGGGGUGGUUAUCUGGAGGUCGACGCAGCAUCAUGCUUCGUUGUGGGCGCGGCUGUGGAGCUGUCGGAGAGCGCGCUGGGUCCCUUCCUGGACAGUUUGGGGACGCAAGUUCCCAAAGAUUCCCUUCGAGGCAUCGGCAAGAUCACCCAUGACGAGGGGGGCAUGAGGGCGAGUACGUCCUACAAGUGGGUACGCUUCGGUGAGACUACCGUGCGGUGCUUCGUUCAGGAGCUGACUUUCGCAGACUCUGGUGCUCUCCUUCCUGGCUGCAGAGUCAUGCUUCGCCCUGGCUUGAAGGCACCUGCUUUUGGCUGGGGAGGCGUCAACCCGUCCAUGACGGGCAUCUUCUUGGGAAAGGAGGGUUCCCACGUCAGGGUCAAGUGGCCGACACACGAAAAUUGGAAGGGCAAGCAAGGGGAGGUGGUGAGAGUGGAUGCAUCUUCUGGGCAGAGGCCACCGAUGGUGCUUGACCUGCGCCUUUGUGCCGCCUACAGCGUCCGGGGCGGCAUCCUGGCAGACAAGAUCGGCUACGGGAAGACCGCCACAAGCAUUGCGCUCAUCGAUCGGCAGCUCCGGGCGCCCGUCCCACCCAUACCCCCAGCGGACGAGGGAUGCUUCUUGCCUGCCCAGGGCACGUUGAUCAUUGUUCCGUCGAAUCUCUUCGAGCAGUGGAUCAACGAGAUCUCCAAGUUCGUUUGGGACGGACGGCCGUUGAGGCGAGCAGGCAGCGGUCUUGCAUACCAAAGCGAUGCCGGGGGUGCCAGGCAACAAAUGAAAAGUGGCUGGUCUCCACCUGCGUGCCCGCUCAAGAUCUUUGCUAUGUCGAAUGUCGCCCCACUUUCUCGCUGCAAGGCGAGCGACGUGAGCAGUGCGGAUGUGGUCAUUUGCUCCUAUCGCUUGCUCUACUCACAGAUCUACCUGAAGCGCCGCGAGGAGCUCAGUGGCGGCGGCUCGCUCUGGAAGCUCCCGAACCAAGUUCGUGGCCUUCUGCAAGGCCGCGUUCCUCUGCGGAGCGGCAGGAAAGGCAGUGAGAUGGUCUGGAAGUGGCAGGACCUGGCGUUUCCCGUUCUAGAGAUGUUCUACUGGAAGCGGAUCAUCUUCGAUGAGUUCCACGAGCUCGAGAGCUUCGAAAGCACGCAGCAGAACAGCCUGCAAUUCUUGCGGUCGCAUUUCCGCUGGGGUUUGACGGGAACACCUCCGAUUGAUACCAACGCAGGUGCCAUUUUCAUGUCCUCCCUCUUCCGUGUAGACCUUCCUGGCUACAUCGAGACCGGUGGCGAGAUCGACCUGCAGAGCUGGGAGUUCGACAAGCUUCUCACCGAGACGGCUGGCAACUUCCUCGACGUCUUCGUGCGGCAGAACACGGCAGAACUUGCAUCGAUCCGGCUCCAGGAGCACGUGGUCAUUGUGCGGCACACCGCUGCCGAGAGAGCCCUCUACUUGGGCCAGGCACACGAGGCACCGGACUUUCAGAGCAUGCGCCGUGGUCUCAGGGACUGGGGUGGGGGAUCUGCGCCAUGGCACUGCGACCGGGCCGAGGAUGCGGUGAGCGCCCUGGAGCGGCUGCUGAAGCUUUGCUCCCACUUCCAAGUCGGCGGCGGUAGCGAAGUGGGCAGUGCCCACCAGGAGUGUGAGCGGAUAUACGACCAGAAGGGGCGGCGUGUGGUGCGUGCCAGGAACCAAAUGAGCCGCUGCUGCCGCGUCCUGGCUUUGCUGCAGCAUCUGCUGCCCAAGUCCGCCAAAGCCAAGGAGGGCAAAGGAUGGCGGAGUGCACUGGAAAAGGCCAAGGAGGCCCUGAUCAGCGCCGGCGACGCGGCAAAGCCCUUUUGCGAGGAGCUGGACCGGGAGCUCCUGGCGGCAGAGCGCGAGGACCGGGAGCAGUGGCUCCGGUGCCUCGAUGGCCACAAGCCCUCCAGCGAGGAGCUCUUGCAGUUCCUGGGCCCGGAGGGCCCGAAGCGAGGUUGCCUUGAAGAGUGGAAGGGGCUGCUAGAGGGGCCGCAAAUCGAGGCCAGAGCCCUGGAGCGGCUGCUCUUGGCCCAAGCCAAUGAGCAGGCGCAGAACCUCCGUGAACUCCAUGAAGCGGAAACUUCCAUGGACUUCUUCCGCCGCACUGUUGCUGCCCUUGGAGGAACCAAGCCUGAGGAUCGGAGCUGCUCCGUCUGCCUGGAAGAGAACCUGCCGGCCCAGAAGAUGGCCAUCACCCCCUGCGCACACGCCUUCUGCAUAAAUUGCCUCCGCGAAGCAGUGGAGAAGUUUGGCAGGUGCAGCUUGUGUCAACGGAGUCUGUCUUUGCGGGACGUGCAACCGUUGGUUGCAGAGAUAGAGGCUGCUGCUGCUCCACCGGCUGCUAGUGAUGAGAGGGCUGCGACGCUGAUGCCUCACACGGCACAAGGUGUGCCGCUAGACAAGUACGGCACCAAGCUCGCAUCUUUGGCUCGGAAGUUAUCCGAGCUCCGUGCGGAGGACUGCAGCGCCAAGGUCAUCCUCUUCGUGCAGUUCGACGACCUAAAGCGCAAGGUGUGCUCUGCAUUGACAGAGUUCGGCAUUCCCUGCACGAUGCUACAAGGAGGUGUGGGUGUGCGUGCCGGGAUUAUCCGCGACUGGCAAAGCAAUCCCCAGUCGCGCACCUUUGUCCUUUUACUUUCCUUGGCGCAAAGUACGAAUUUGACGGCAGCCAGCCAUGUGAUUUUCUUGCAUCCGAUGCUGGCGCCCACGGCGGAGAAGGCUGUUGGCUACGAGAUGCAGGCCAUCGGCCGAGCCCGGCGCCACGGGCAGCCGCGGGACACGGUGCACGUCUGGCGCUUCGUCACUGCCGACACGGUGGAGCAGACGAUCACAGAGGAACAUCAGGGCGCCCUCUGGAGGUGCGAGCAGGCGCGCCAGCAAGAAGUCGAGGCACAGGCGCCAGAGGUGCCGGGAGAAGCUUGA